CCUCUGCAAAUGCCAACCUGUUCUUUUAUUAUUAUUUUCCGCCAUUUUUGCUCUCUUUCAAGCUUUAUUUUUUGCCUAGAUCCACUUCUCUCUCUUUGAUUUUUAAUUACUGCAUUUUUGUUUUAAUACACAAUAAGAACAACUAAGAGAUAGAAUGUGACUUAUCAAUCUUUUAACUGAGAUCUGUGAGAAUUUUUCUAUGUACCAAGAACAGGAAUUAUUUACAGAUGGGAAAAAAAGGUGGCUGGUUUUCUAUUGUGAAGAAAGCUUUGAGCCCUGAAUCCAAGAAAUCUCAGCACCAAACUCCAAAGCCAAAGAAAAAAUGGUUCGGAAAAAGCAAAGAUUUGGGACCUGUGUCUGUGCCUGAAGAAACUGAAGUGAUAACUGAAGAUGUAAAGUUAAAAGAAGCUGAAAACGAACAAAGCAAACAUGCCUACUCUGUGGCUCUUGCCACCGCUGUGGCGGCCGAGGCAGCGGUGGCAGCUGCUCAGGCGGCUGCUGAAGUUGUCCGUCUCACUUCUCAGCCGCGCCAUCUGGGGAAGUCAAAGGAGGAAAUAGCUGCUAUCAGGAUUCAAACAGCAUUUCGUGGAUAUUUGGCUAGGAGGGCACUGCGAGCUUUGAGAGGGUUGGUAAGGUUGAAAUCAUUGAUCAGAGGGCAAUCCGUCAAACGCCAAGCAACUACAACGUUAAGAUGCAUGCAGACUCUAGCUCGUCUGCAGUCUGAGAUUUCUGCAAGGAGGAUUAGAAUGUCAGAAGAGAACCAGGCUCUUCAGCGCCAGCUUCAACAGAAAUGCCAGAAAGAGCUCGAGAAGUUGAGAGCUCCCAUGGGAGAAGACUGGAACGAUAGUACACAGUCGAAGGAGCAGAUCGAAGCAAGACAACAAAAUAAGCAAGAAGCUACUAUGAAAAGGGAAAGAGCAUUGGCUUAUGCAUACUGUCACCAGCGAUCGUGGAAGAACUGUUCUAGAUCAGUGAAUCAAACAUUUAUGGAUCCGAGUAAUUCGCACUGGGGUUGGAGUUGGUUAGAGCGAUGGAUGGCAGCCCGGCCAUGGGAAGUCCGAAGCACAACUGAUAACAAUGACCGUGGCUCAGUCAAGAGUAUGGGUGCUCGUUCGAUAUCUAUAAGUGAAAUCAGCAGAGCUUAUUCUCGAAGAGAUCUUAACAAUGAUAACAAACCAAGUCCAACACCUCAGAAGUCAAGUCGAGUUCCUAGCCACCAGUCUCCAUCGACUCCACCUUCAAGGGCACCUUCGAUUUCAUCGGUUUCUGGUAAAACAAGACUGCCAAAUCCGAGAGGAAGUCAAUGGGGAGGGUAUGAAGACUCAAGGAGCAUACUCAGUACCCGGUCUGAUCGUUAUAGGAGACAUAGCAUUGCAGGGUCCUCAAUGAGAGACGAUGAGAGCCUUACAAGCUCACCUGCAGUUCCGAGUUAUAUGGCACCAACACAGUCCACAAAGGCCAGGUCCCAAAUACCAAGCCCCUUAGGAAGUGGCACACCAGAUAGGAGAGUGGCAGGGUCUGCAAAGAAACGGCUUUUGUUCUCAGCAUCCCCAGCCAGUAGUAGGAGACAUUCAGAGCCUCCUAAAGUGGACAUAAGUGAGGUUAGAAAGAAUCAACAUGCACCAAGCAAUGGAAGGCAAGUGGUUUGGUGAAGAGUGCAACAAAAGUUAGAUUGAAUAAACAUGGAAGGGUUAUUACAACUUGAAGCUCUUGUAGUGUGUUUGUGAUUAUCUUUUUCUUCCUAGGUUUUAUGAUUAUUAAUUAUGAAAGGCUUACUUUUUUCUGGGUGAGAUUUAGUUUAUUGUUUGUGGUUGACAAACAUUCUUAAAAAUCUUCAAGUUUAGUUUCAAUUCAUGAAAUUUGUAAUUAUUAUGAGUAGACCUAAAUGAAUUUAUGUCCAA